CUCUAAAAUCAGGAACCAGCAGGACACACACACACUCACACAUACCCAAAAAUAAAGAAGUAACAAACAGAAAGCUCUAUUGUUUUGCCACGGUCGCUAUUAGGCUAACACUUGCAUUGUAUCUGUACUUGGCUUCUUUUUUAUGGGCCCUGGGAGCUGCGUGGCCCCAGUGGUAAGGUGUGUGUGCGCGGAGUCUUUAGUUUCAUUUACUAAGAGGAAAUUUAGAGUUGUGCAAUGGCUUGGGGGCUGUUUUGAAAGCAAUUGAGAAAGCGCAUCGAGCUAGAGUGCGUGAAGCGGAGAAGACUCCAUGUUGUCUUCAUACAGAAUGGAGGGGUACAUCAUCCCGCCUAAAAAAAGCUGGACUGGCUGGAUGUCACAGGCACCGUCUGAAUUUAAAGAUUACUGGGCACUUGUAAAUAAAGAUCCAACGGAAGAUAUGAUCUAUGAACCUGACAUCUACCGACAACAGAUGGAAUAUCAAUACAUCAUCGAUGAAAGCCAGAGUGAUCAUACUUGGGAGUACAAUGCACACCAUGUCCACCCUGGGGACUUUGAGAAUUUGACAGAGAGCCACUUCACGGAGCUCCAGAGUGUGCAGCAGGUUCAUCCUCCCAGUGCGCAUCGCUUUCCUGAUGUAGAGCCUAACCAUUUUCUGGAGUCCGGUCUGACUGGACACCAUCUGGCACUGCCUCCUCCACAGAUGGCUUGUUUGCCCCGGCCGUCUGCGUAUUACCCUCAUAGUGUGCAGCCCUCACCUCUCCUGCGCAGCUCGGACGAUGAUGACCCCGGCAGUCGCAGUCCCCCCCUGGAGGUGUCUGAUGAGGAGUGUAUGAGGGACCACAUCAGCUCUACCACCGGGGUAGAACAUGGAAACAAGAAGAAGAUUCGUCUGUAUCAGUUCCUGCUGGACCUUCUGCGAAAUGGGGACAUGAAGGACAGCAUCUGGUGGGUGGACAAAGAAAAGGGAACUUUCCAGUUCUCCUCCAAACACAAAGAGAUUCUGGCCCACCGCUGGGGAGUGCAGAAAGGUAACCGCAAGAAGAUGACCUACCAGAAAAUGGCCAGGGCACUGAGAAACUACGGCAAGACUGGAGAGGUCAAAAAAGUCAAGAAGAAGCUCACAUACCAGUUCAGUGGUGAUGUGCUGGGAAAGAGCCACCUGGACAGAAAGGUGUACAUGUAAAGAGGCAGAAAGAUGGACAGAGGGACAGACAGAUAGACAGGAAGAAAAAAGAAAGAGAUAGACAGGGGAGACUUGGCAGUCUGUUGAAAAGAGAGCUCUACUCAUUGGACUUGGAGCAUUAGACUCUUCGCUUGCCCUUUAUGUUCCUUUUAAUAUUAUUCACCUUUGCAUUAAUUCAAUGAACUUUCUCCAUGAACUUCCAGCCCAGAGCUCACACUCCCAUUUCAGCUGCAUGUCCAAUUAAAAACUUUCUAUUCUCUAAACAGAAGAGAAGUGUAAAAAAUAUAAACAGUAAGAUCUGAUACAUUAAAAAGAUCUAAUUUGAGUGAGUUUAAAAAUUAAACCAAGCAGCUCUUGUGUAGAAGCUGUUGUUAACGUCUUCACUGAUCAUUAAGGGGGGUGUGUGGGGGUGGUGGAUCACAAAAAUACAAAAGCAGAAGUGAAAACAAAUGACACAGGCUCACGCUGUACGGAAAAUACGGCUGUCUCGUCUGGCCAACACACAUGCGGUGUGACUCUGUUUUUACCAUAAAGGGUGCUUUUUUUGACAAACCCUUGUUCAAGGGCUGUAAGAUUUAUAUUCAUUUUGUAUAUGAAUAAAUCUUUUUAAAAUAGUAAAAGAAGUAAAAUAAGAAUGGUUGCAAAAUCUUUACAGUUGUUUGGAGGGAACUGGUUUCAUAAUGUCCAUUAUUCAUCAGUGAGUCCACAGAGGAGUAUACAGAUUCUUGUUUUGUGAUAAAGCUUGAAAAUGUAUUUUAAAUUUACUAAGAGAUACCUUAAUGGUCAUUCAGUCUAGCACUAUGUACUGGCUCUGUGCUUAUAAGUUAUAUAAUAUAUAUAACCUUUAUAUAAUUUUUAUAAGAACACUGAGCUUUACAGUCUCUCAUCUUGAUCAUGGGAGUAUAAAGACAAAAAUCUGAUAUUUAAAAUAUGUUUAAUUCAUCUAUGGAUCUCAGCCAUCAAACUAAGAACUACUCAUGUUCAUUCGUAGUACAGCACUAUAGCUCAUGCGUGUUUGACUCACCAGCACCCCCUGUCAAUACAAUAAGUCCUAUUCAUAAAUAAUCAUAUUCACAUGUAAUGAUCUGUGAUGGUUUUGGUAAACUUAAAACCGACCAAACUUUUUCACUAAAGGACAUACAUGAAACAUUGAGUGUAUAGUAUUUAUUGGACAAUAUUAAAUAUGGUGCCUUGCAUAUAACAAAUGCAAACACAUGUAUGUAUGUAUGUGUGCGUGUGUGUGUAUAUAUAAUAUAUAUAUACACACACACACACACAAACACACACAGUGGGGUUCAAAAGUCUGAGACCAUUUUUAAAAUCUACGAUUUUCUUUUUUAUUUUAAACUGGAAAUAAACAAUAUGUUUUAGAAUUCUGACAAAAAAUGAAAAAAGAAAGGAAAUGUUUAACAUCUUAAAUAUUCAGGAUUUCAAGAUUCUGCACUAUGUCAAUGUGUAAAUUAAAUUAUACAAAUUUGUGAUUUUACCAUGUUGCAAAAUAGAAGCCAAAUGCACCAAAUGUAAAAUAGAAGCAUUUUCACUAAUGGUCUCAGACUUUUGGACCCCAUGAUAUAAUUUUUUAUUUGUUCUUGAAUUACCAAGAAAUGCAUUAGACUUCCUUACAAUAAAUGAUUAUGCUAUGACAACUUACCAAUUAGCACGGCAUUAAAAUUUCAAAUAAUAAAACUAAUUGUACGUAGAA